AUGAAGACGAAGAUUGUGGAGGAACAAAACCUACUGGACAGAUGCUUCAUCGGAUUUGUUUCUCUCCGACGCUGUGAAUUGAGUGAGGACAAUUCUAUCGUGUAUAGAGAAAAGCUUAGACUGAAGGAGGCACUUUUUGAUCGCUUACAUGAUGGUCAUCGCCUUUUUCUUAAGGCAGCUGCAGAGUUGGCUAGGGAUCGAGUUGUAGUAGGCAUUCUUGAUGGCCCAAUGUUGACCAAGAAACAGUUUGCCCAUCUUAUUACACCUAUUGAACAUCGACAAAAAGUUGUUGAAGAUUACAUUAAGUCUAUAAAGCCUAAUCUAGAAGUAGAAGUUGAACAUAUAACAGAUCCUUAUGGUCCUUCAGUUGUUGAUAAGAAUCUGGAAGCCAUUGUUGUCAGCCAGGAGACACUGCCUGGUGGAUUAUUGGUAAACAAGAAGAGAGCUGAGAGAGGUCUUUCACAACUAAAGGUUGAGGUUGUAAAUCUUGUAUCUGAUGAAUCUAGUUUAACAGGGACGAAGCAGUCAUUUUAUAUUGGUUAGGGACCAAAUCUGCAACAAACUGAAUCCAGAGGGAUAAAUUUGCGUCUUUGUGGACCAAACUUGCAAAGAUGGUAUAGCACGGGGUUAAACUUGUAAUUUUACAAUGAUAGAGUGUAGAUCUAGAAAUGAUAAACAUACUUUCUUUUUAGAAGCAAGAUCUUAUAACUUCUAUAUCAAACUACCU